AUGGGACAGCUCGAAAUUCGAGGUGGUGUCUGGUUCUUAAAGGCAGAGUCUUGUUUUGGUGAUUUGGAAGGUAUUUUUGGGGUAAAAAUGAAGUUUAUGAAGUUGGGGUCCAAGCCUGAUGCAUUUCAAGCUGAUGGCAAAUCUGUAAGGUAUGUGGCAUCCGAACUGGCAACAGAUGUCACCAUAAAUGUUGGAGAAGUUAAGUUUUACCUCCACAAGUUUCCUCUCUUGUCAAAGAGCAAUCUCUUGCAAAAGCUAGUGACAAAUGCCGGCGAAGAGAACUCUGAUGAAAUUGAUAUGGUUGAUUUUCCUGGUGGGGCAAAGGCUUUUGAAAUUUGUGCCAAAUUCUGCUAUGGAAUGAUAGUUACUCUCAAUGCUUAUAAUGUUGUCGCUGCUCGUUGUGCCGCUGAGUACCUUGAGAUGACUGAGGAUGUUGAUCGAGGGAACCUUAUUUUUAAAAUUGAAGUAUUUCUGAACUCCAGUAUCUUCCGUAGCUGGAAGGAUUCCAUUAUUGUUCUUCAGACCACCAAAUCUCUCCUGCCGUGGUCUGAAAAUCUGAAGAUUGUGGGCAGGUGCAUAGAUUCCAUUGCAUCUAAAACCUCUGUGGACCCUGCUAGCAUUACUUGGUCCUACACAUAUAACCGCAAGUUAUCAGUGCCUGAUAAAAUAGUCGAGGAGGGAAUGAAUUUUAAAGAUAAAACUGAAUCUGUUCCUAAGGAUUGGUGGGUCGAAGAUAUAUGUGAACUGGAUAUUGAUCUCUACAAGAGGGUCAUGAUCACUGUGAAAUCAAAGGGCAGAAUGGACAAUAAAGUGAUGGGGGAAGCACUGAAAACUUAUGCAGUCAGAUGGCUGCCAGAUUCGUUUGAUGACUCAGUUUCUGAUGCUCGUACCUGGAGGUACAAAUAUCUGGUAGAAACACUCAUUUGUUUGUUGCCUCCAGACAAGGGUGUGGGUUGUUCAUGUAGUUUCUUGCUGAAAUUGCUGAAAUUUGCCAUUCUGGUUGGAGCAGAUGACUCACCCAGGGAAGAUUUAGUGAAGAGAAUCAGUUUGAAGUUGCACGAGGCUUCUGUUAAGGAUUUACUGAUCCCAGCUCAGCCUCCACAAAACACAUUAUAUGAUGUGGAAUUGAUUCAGUGCAUUGUUAAUCGUUAUUUGAUGCAUGAAAAGUAUAAUCAGGAUGCCAAGCAUGAGGAGAAUGGUGACUUUAUUUUAGGGCAUGAACAUGUAUCCUUGAUGAAUGUUGGUAAAUUGAUUGAUGGAUAUCUAGCAGAAAUUGCACAUGACCCAAAUCUCACCCUUGCCAGCUUCGUUGACUUGUCACGGUCAAUUCCAGAGUCUGCAAGACCAGUUCACGAUGGACUGUACAAAGCCAUUGACGUGUACCUGAAGGAGCAUACCAGUUUGACAAAGGCAGAAAAAAAGAAGAUAUGUGGACUAAUGGAUGUCAAGAAACUUACAAUGGAUGCAUCAAUGCAUGCUGCACAGAAUGAGCGGCUCCCUCUCCGUGUUGUAGUCCAAGUUCUCUUUUUUGAACAGGUCAGAGCAGCUUCUGGUGUUCAAGCUCUCAACAACAAUGCACGUGAUAAUUCAAAUUCCACCACAAACACAGAUGAAGAAUGGGAGAAGACAGCAGCUGACGAUAACAAAUCCCUCAAGAAACAGAUGAGUCAAAUGAAGAUAAAAAAUGAAGACUUCCGGAAAAAUCGAAAGCUGCUGAAGAAAAACAGCAAGAGCUCCAAAAGUGGCGUGCAGUUGCUGCCAUCUCGAUCAAGGAGGAUAUUUGAUAGAUUGUGGGUUGUGGGUAGAGGGCAUGUCGAGAACAGAAGCUCAGAGACUUCUGGGAGUUCGCAGAGCCCAACUUCAGUUGCUCCUGGUGAUACCAAGUCCUUUGGUUCAUCUUCAAGACAAAGGAGACACUCCAUCUCCUAG